AUGUUGCAAGUUCACGACAACACCUCUGCAGCCCCAGCAGUUCAGACUUCCCUCGUUGAAGUGACAGACUUGCUUUCCACUUCUGGUAAGCUUCCUUGCAGAGUGUUCUUUAAGAAUGAAAUUGAGCAGCCUUCUGGAAGUUUCAAGUUGAGAGGCAUUGGUCACUUGAUCCACCAGUCCAUUCGUAAGGCUAAGAAGGCCGACAGCCAAAAGCCUAUUCAUGUUUUUGCAUCCAGUGGUGGUAAUGCUGGUCUUGCUGCUGCUUACUCGGCAAAGUUUUACAACGUAAAAUGUACCGUGGUGGUGCCCACAAUUGCUAUGAAGCAAGUUGUGGAAAAGCUUCGUCUGUACGGUGCUACCGUUCUCUUGCAUGGAAACAGUAUCAGUGAUGCUGAUAAGUUUGCUAGAAGCCUCAUGGCUGAGGCUGAAAAUGAUUUCUCUUGCAUUUACUGCCAUCCAUUCGACAACCCAUUGAUUUGGAAAGGCCACUCUUUGCUUGUGGACGAGAUGUUCCAAAACCAAUUGAGCCGUGAGGAUGCAAAGAAAGUUAGAGGUGUGGUUUGUUCUGUUGGUGGCGGUGGCCUCUUCAACGGUAUCAAGCAAGGCCUCAUGAGAAACGGAAGCAAGGCUGAUUGUGUCUUGGUGGAGACGGCGCAGGCGCCAACUCUUUCUUCUGCCGUAAAGGCAGGCUCUGUCGUUACUUUGAACUGUGUCAGAUCACUCGCUACUUCUUUGGCCUGUUCAUACGUUUCUGGACCAACCUUGGACUUGUUCAAUGACCAGUCCACUAACAAGAACCAUAUCACUGCCAUUGACGACCUUGAGGCCGUUAAGGGUUGCAUUGCAUACCAAAGAGACUUCGGAAAGAUGGUUGAACCAGCUUGCGGAGCUGCCGUUUCUGUUGUCUACAACCAGCUCAAGUAUCUUAAAGAGAGCGUGGGUAACUUGACCAAGGACGAUAUCGUUAUUGUUGUUGUUUGCGGAGGCUCUUGUGCUAAUGAAGCCGUUUUGGACCGUUACAAGAGCAUGCUUCGUCUGGAGGCCCACUUGUAA